AUGCCGUUUGCGUAUUGCAAGAUCGUUGAGCACUUCACAGACGCGAAGACCGUGGUGGCGUUUGUUUCUGUUGGUCAUUCAACAGCUUCUGUCUGCAUCGCCGCCUUCACUUCUUCUGGGGCUGAGUUGCUUGCAGAGGUUUCAGAUCCCGACCUUGGGGGCAGAGAUAUGGACGUCUUAAUUGCUCAGCACUUUGCAAAAAUUUUCGAAAAACAACACGGAAUCAACCCCUUAGAGAACAUCAAAGCCAAACUCAAGCUGGAGGACCAGGCAGAGCGUACGAAGAAGAUCUUGUCAGCGAACAGCGAAACGAGCUUUGCGGUCGAGUGUCUGUUGGAGGACAGAGACAUUUCCGGUCUCAUCACGCGCGAGUUAUUCGAAGAGCUUUGUGCCGCUUCUUUUAAACCCGCCCUUGUUAAACUGCUGCAACAGGCAGUUGCAAUUAGCGAAGUUCGUGACGGCUGCCUCGUUGCAUAUGCUUGUAUCGCGUUUGUUGAGGCUGUGGGCGGCUGCACCCGGAUUCCGUGGGUACAGCGGUGUGUUAGUGAAGUGUUCGGCAAGGAAAUCUCAAGAACUCUAGCGGGAGAUGAAUGCGUCGCAAGAGGCUGCGCACUACAGGCGGCAAUGGCUUCGUUGCACUUUAAGGUAAAGGAAUUCGAUUUCGCUGAGAAGCUCUGGCGGCCUAUCUGCAUCCGCUGGACAGGGGAGGCCCCCGUGGCUAUUGCUUCUUGCUCGCAGCAGCAGGAACAACAGCAGCAGCAGCAGACUGAGGGUGCAGCGGUAGCUUCUUGUCAGGAGAUAGAGCUGCCGAUCGGCACCCCCACAAACACAAUGCGAAAAAUCACCUUCAUUAGAAGCUGUCCUCUUGAAUUGCAUGCGACGUACAAAGACCUGGAGGGGAAAACGAGGGCUGCAGAUCUGGGUAAUGCUUUUUUUAUAUC